CUUCGUGUAUAGAUUUCAACGAAGAGAUCGCCAACGAAGACUGACUGCAUCGUCGCCACCAUCAACCAUUUUCAGACAACAGAAUAAAGUAGAAAUGGGUUUUGAAAAGUUUCGUGGUACUUACCCCGGACGGGAUCCCUUAAUGGACAGUUUGAGAAAGUUAUUUUCUUUGCGCACAAUGAGAACACAUCCAGAGCUUGUUCCAUUGGUUUUUAUUACAGCAGCCGCUACGACUGGAAUGGUCUCUUCGGUUUUAUAUCAUUUAUUUUACAACUUAGAUGCAAGAUUUGUAAAAGGAGGCUAUCCGAGAUGGGAAUUGGUGGAUCCCGAGAAACCACAGAAGCUGAUUACGAUCAAGCAAAAAUGGGAACGAAAUCCCCAAUUGGAUGAACUUCGCAAGAUUAUUGGGCCUUACAAACCAAAAUAAUUACAUUGAAACAAAUUAGAAAUUUGUCAAUUUUAUCGACAUUUGUUCGACUUAUUUUGUACAGUUUUAUCUGAAUUUUCAACUGAAUAAUAAACA